UGCAGAGCCCGCUGAUGAAACAAUAACUGAGAAAGAAACUACAAUGGAUGAUUGUGGGCAGGGUGGUGGUGAUGAGGUUAAAGAGGAGGAAGAUGACGAGUCGGCGAAUGGACAAGUGGAUGAGAGAAAGGUAGAGGUUGGACAAGCUGGAAACAACGAGGAAGCGACGCGAAACGAAGAACAGGGAAAGGGACCGAAGGAAGAAAGAAAAGAUGGAGAGGGAGAGAGAGUAAACGGCACAGAAAAUGAACAUCCUGAAAUCAAGGUUGAGAAACAAGAUGAAGAAAGGGAAAGCAUUGUAGAAGGGGGAGGCACUAAAAAUGUAGACGGUGUAGAAGAAGACAAGGCAGCCGGAGAAGCAGGAAAGGUGAAUGAAGACAGUCAGGCUGGGGAUACGUUGAAAGAUGACGGAACAGACACCAAGGUAGAGGAAGCAGAGAAAUCAGAGGAAUGUACAGCAGAGGAUGUUGGGAAGAGUGAAAAUGAAACGUGUGACGGAGAAAGACAGUGGAGCAGUGGAGUUCGAGAGGCAGACGACAGUAAGGAGAAAGCAGAUGAAUGUGGUGGUGAUGAUACAAGUUCAGAGAAGAGAGAGCAGAGAAAGGAAGAUGAAUCUGGUGGUGAUGGUACAAGGUCAGAGGAGAGAGACCAGAGAAUGGAAGAUGGAGCAGAGGCAGGCAAGGAUGUGAAUGGAGAGGAAAAGGAUGAUGUCAUGGAGGUUAAUGUGGAGGAGACCAUAGUCCAUGACAUAGCAAUUAGUGGAGAUGGAGCUGAGUCAGAGCACGGUGAGAAGAGUGCAGAGGUCAUGGAGAGGUCAAUGGAUGAGGUCAUGGAGAUCAAGGCAGAACAGACUGAAGUUCAUGAGCUUGCAGUCAGUGGGGUUGAAACUGAGCCAGAAUGUGUUGUAAUCAAUGGUGAAAAUGGAGAGGAAAUUACAUCUAGUGAAACCAACGGGGACAUAGUGAAGGAAAAGUCUGAACUUGAAGGCCAAGGACCUCAGCAGAUUAUUGAUGAAGAGCAGAGAGACAGUGCUGACAGAGAACAAGAGAUCGAAGAGACAAAGAUCGAGGAGAUUGUCGGCAUCACAAGAAACAGUGUGGUGGACUUGACGGAUGGAGAUGACACGGAGAGACAGAGAAAGCCGAGUUCAGAUGGGUCUGUUGAGAUGCAGGUGAAGAUGGAGGAUGAAAAAGUCAAAGAAAAAAGUGAGCUAUCUGUUGCUGAUGGCGAUGAGCAUGCAAGUGUUCUAUCAAAAGAUGACCCGAACCGACACAAUGCAGCAAAUCAAGCGACAGACGCAGGAAAAGUAUACAGGCAAGUUGAAGAGACAAGCACAGACAUUGAGCCUUUUAAUGCUGUCCAAGAGUCAGAAAGCCUAAACACCAUGCACACAAGCGGUGCUGUGACUGACGCGCCGUGUGAUUCUGGAGGCCAUGCGGAGACCAAAGGGCACAAAUACGAAUCACAAAUAUCAGUAGAUAAGGAAGAUACAAGCACAAAGGAAGGUCAGGCAAACACACAAGAGCAGGAUGGGACUGAGAAAGAGCACAAAGACCCUGUGGUCAAUGGAGAACAGUCUGGAGCUGAAAAUGUAACAUCUCCCGUGCACCUAGCGCAAGAGGAAGUCGGAGAUCUCGUGUCCAAGUGGGUGAACCUACACCAAUCCUCAAGGUAUUUUCAAACGUUCAUUGAGCCCCUAGAUGACAUAAAGGAGACCUCCUCGAAGGGUGAGGUGGAGAUGAAUGGUCAUUCGGUGAAGGGGGAGGGAAGUCAGGUCACAAAUCUGCCAGAGUCUGACACUCAGAAUCAAAUAUCUGAGAGGAAAGAGGAUAACUGCUCACCGCCAAUGAGCGCACACACUGAAGACAAACAGGAAACUGCUGUCGAGGACUUUGUUAUGGAAACUCAAGAGGAAAAAACAGAAUCUGAUGUAAGAAGCAAACAUUCCAAUGAUGAGUCAGUUCUUGCAACCAAAGACAUGUUGGAAGAGAGGCAAGAUAAAGAGAUUAGAGAUCUUAGGCUGACUGCUGAAACUAAAUAUGCUACAAACGACACAGCCAGCACGGCAACAAAGGACAGGGAAAAUCCACCUUAUGAACAAGGAGUUGUAUCAAGCAGAGUAAUCAAUCUGAUAGCCAUCACGAAAGCCAAGGAUGACUCUAAACUGGACUCUGAAUCUUCGUCUGAAUCUGCGUCUCAUGCAAAGACAGAUAACUCGGUCCACUCGGGGCAUGCCGAAGAUACAACAGAGAAAAACCCACAGCUGAGGUUUGAGGAUGUCAUGCAACAGAGUCUUAGCAGAGACAGACUGAGUGCCUUCUCAGUGGAAGACUCUCGGUUAUUUGGUCCCACCACUUAUCCAAGGCUGGCUACAGCUCAACCAGAGCAGAGUUACUAAGGUUGAAACCAGAUAUGGACCAUGACGAGCUCUUCAGACUGUCCAAUGGCUGUCGAUUAUAUGGAAGUACAGUACAAACGUGAAGGCUCUGAAAUGUCCUUUGAACAUCUUCAACCAGUUCUGAAGUUCGGACAGUAAACAUGGUUGUUUACAGUUGAAACGUCCAGUGAUUUGGUGAGAAGCCAUUUUAGUGAGAUGGUGGUAUGUUUACUCUCCGAUGGCGAUGCACUGUUUACCUAUCAUUUACGGGCAACACGCAGGGAUGUGCCGUGGCUAAGGGGAUCUAGUAUACAUAGGCUUUCACCAGUCCACUGAAAGUAGAUACCCCUGGACGCACUCAGCACAAAUAAUUUAAUUAUUCAUAUGCUUUGGCCCUCCUGCAGGUCAGCCUGGCUCACACACUUUAAAGAGCAGAGCAGACACACACACACACACACACAGACUCCCCUAAUCCAUUACACAUACAAACUCUUCCCAAACCCAGACACACAUACACACACAACGAGUUUACACACUCACUCAUCCACUCACUUCCAAGCCAGACGAACACAGACCAGACACACACACACAAAGGUCUCUCUGAGAACAUUUAAAUAUCACACUUCCCUUUGAUCAAAGGCCAGAGUAUGAAUACGAUUUUGAGAUGAAAACACUGGCUUGAUGUUGUAUGCGAGGCACAUGCAGAAUUUCGAUGAAAACGGCAUACAAUGAAUAGGUGAUUUUGUAUUUAUAUGGCACCUUCGUACAGAGAAGGGCUAUCUGUUGAACUCUGAAUCAUGGAUUGCAUAGACACUUUAUAGUUUUUCAAAUAUUGUCCACUAUGAUUAAAGUGGAUUAAUGCCUCUCAGCACAUGGUUGUAGUUUAAUGAUUAAAAUGUGUAGGCACAAAUGUUUAAGAAAUAGCCAUGUUUUACAUAAUGUAAUUGCACUUUCCAGUGGUAAUAUAUUUUCAAUUUCUGGUUAGUUUUUUUCCACAAAUAAGAUCAUCAUGGUUGGAUGACUAAUAAAUUCAUGUCAAACA